AUGGCGGACAUAGAUUCAAGUAACCCUUUAGACCAAGGGGCGAGAGACCGCAUCCGUCUUGCUCAGGAGUUUCUCGACCCAGGCGAUGCUCAUGCCCGUAGUUAUCGAUCCAACAUCAUCUUGAUGCUUCAGAAAAAUCUACGUCGCUUGACAGUCAACCUCGACCAUGUGCGGAACCAUAAUCCCGAGCUUGCCCAGGGCAUCUUGACACAACCAUUCGACUACACCUUGGCAUUCAAUGAAGCGCUCAAGAGCAUUGUGGAUACCAUCCAACCUCGUUCAGGUCCGAAAAAUCGUGAACACCAACCUUACUACUGCGCCUGGGCAGGAAGCUUCGGCCUUCACGCUUGCAACCCGCGCACACUUUCAUCCCAACACCUCAACUAUAUGGUAUCUCUAGAGGGCAUUGUCACUCGAUGUUCAUUAAUCCGCCCAAAGAUCGUCAAGAGCGUACAUUACAAUGAGAACAAAGAUGUGCUAGUCACUCAAACUUACUCAGACCAGACCAUGACCAAUGGUGCGACAACCUCAAGUGUCUACCCUCGAGAGGAUGCGAACGGGAACCCCCUUAUCACCGAAUACGGCCUCUGUACAUACCAAGAUCACCAAACUAUCUCGAUCCAGGAAAUGCCCGAGCGCGCACCCGCCGGUCAGCUUCCUCGAGGAGUAGAUGUCAUUCUUGACGACGACUUGGUUGACAGUGUCAAGCCAGGUGACAGGAUCCAGCUUGUGGGAAUUUACCGAACUCUCGGAAAUAGAAACACCAACCACAAUAGCGCCCUGUUCAAGACUGUUAUAUUGGCAAACAAUGUUGUCCUUCUGUCUUCCAAGUCUGGCGGCGGGGUUGCCACUGCCACCAUUACCGACACCGACAUUCGAAACAUCAACAAGGUGUCAAAGAAGAAAAAUCUUCUCGAGCUAUUAUCGCAGUCUUUGGCACCCAGUAUUUAUGGCCAUGACUACAUCAAAAAGGCCAUUUUACUCAUGCUGUUGGGCGGCAUGGAGAAGAAUCUCGAAAACGGGACACACUUACGUGGUGACAUCAACAUAUUGAUGGUUGGCGAUCCAUCCACAGCCAAGAGUCAACUUUUGAGGUUUGUUCUCAAUACUGCCCCGCUUGCUAUUGCCACUACAGGCCGCGGUUCGUCUGGUGUCGGUUUAACGGCUGCCGUAACUACUGAUAAGGAGACUGGUGAGAGGCGACUUGAAGCGGGUGCGAUGGUCAUGGCAGACCGUGGUGUCGUGUGCAUUGACGAAUUUGACAAGAUGUCUGAUAUUGACCGCGUUGCCAUCCACGAAGUAAUGGAACAGCAAACUGUGACAAUCGCUAAGGCUGGCAUACACACCUCUCUCAACGCCCGGUGCAGUGUAGUUGCAGCCGCAAAUCCCAUCUUUGGCCAGUAUGACCCUCACAAAGACCCCCAUAAGAACAUUGCGUUACCAGACUCUCUUUUGUCUCGUUUCGAUCUUCUGUUCGUUGUCACAGACGACAUUGAGGACACACGGGACCGCAAGGUCUCAGAGCAUGUGCUUCGUAUGCACCAAUACCGUGUAGCUGGUUCUGAAGAAGGCGCACCGGUGCGAGAUCAGGGCUCUCAGUCCUUGGGUGUGUCAAUGAAUCUUCAAUCCGAAGCUCAGGGCCCAACGGAAAUGUAUGAGAAAUACAAUGAAAUGCUUCAUGCGGGUGUCACUGUGACCUCGGGUCGAGGCUCGCAGAAAAAGACAGAAGUUUUGACUAUGCCCUUUAUGAAGAAGUACAUACAGUAUGCCAAAACUCGAAUUAAGCCGGUUCUAACACAAGAGGCUUCGGAAAGAAUCGCCGAAAUAUAUGUCGGUCUACGCAACGAUGAGAUGGAGGGAAAUCAAAGACGAACAAGCCCCUUGACAGUCAGAACCUUGGAGACGAUAAUUCGUUUAGCUACUGCUCACGCGAAAUCGCGAUUAUCUAACAGGGUGGAGGAAAGGGAUGCUUUGGCUGCAGAGGGCAUCCUCCGAUUUGCCUUAUUCAAGGAAGUGGUAGAGGACUCACGUAAAAAGCGAAGACGGACACAGGCCACAGUUGAUUUUGCCUCCUCCAGCGAUGAGAACUCCGAUGCCGAGGAGGGUGAAAACGAGCCGGUCCGUUCAAAUCGCAGCGCUAGGCAGUCAACCCAGACAACCCGAGCCACGACACGCUCGCAGUCUGGACCUGCUUCAUCUACAGCUACCAACGGUGUCGGCGAAGCUGAUCAAGUGGAAACGGAUGUUGACGCCACGGACCCCAGAGUGAUCUCCAGCCAAAACACACCACGGCGAUCUACGAGGAGCACGAGGUCAGGAAAUGUGGAUUCUCAGUCUCAGACUUCGUUUGCUUCAUCCAUGCCUGCCUCUCAGCUACCAUCGUCGGGAACCCAUGCUGCUGAACGAUCGCAGGACGACGAGCAACUUGUCGAUGGUGCAUCCAACCUCGCUCUCAAUGACGAUGAAGAGCCAAUUACUCCUGCACGGUUAGCCACAUUUAGAACGGCAUUGGGACAACUCCUUGGCACGAACUUGUUCGAGGAUGACUCCGCCCCCCUCGAAGCUGUUGUUGAUGCUGUGAACGCCAAAAUUGGAAACCGGGACGGGGGUCGUUUCAAUCGUGGAGAAGCCACGAAAGCAUUGAAGAAGCUGUCAGAAGCUAACCAUAUAAUGUUGUCCGAUGACGAUAUUGUCUUCCAGAUCUAA